UUUCCAAAUAUCUCACUACCGUGGUCCUACAGUAACGCGUACAUGAGAUCCCAUCCUCAGGAUUCCGAACUCUUCUGCAGGUACUCAGCCAGCAACGCAGCCUGCUUACGGCAGCUGCACUCGCAGUGUCCAGACUAUGCCGGCACACUACCGAAAGUGCUAUAUGGAUGGUACACCGUGGAAGUGAACACCGCGUUGUCCAAACUCUGCGCAAUUAUGAAUCCGCUGCAGUUUAUGGCGGCCAAAGUUUAUUGCGAUCGUCAAACCGGCAGCCGAGAUUUCACGGUGGAACAGGUCUUAGGCGCCAAUUUGAGCGAGUACAUCGAGAACACCGUGACCGCAGUAGAUGGUAUAAAAAGCGUGUGCAGAAAAGCGCAAGGAUUCCUACAGAUGGCACCGGAAACAGAGAACCGGAUUAUCCAAAAGUGCGGGCAAGACGUAAUGACCAUAAUGAACGAGGGGAUGCGGAAAACUUUACUUGUUUAUCCCUGCCCAUAUCGGCUUUGACAUAUUCACGUGAAUGUGCAGUUUGUGCAAGUCCGGGUACGAUUACUUUUAGGGUAAUUGCCAGUUUUUAGAACGUUAUUACAGAAAA